CCAUUCCAGCUCAAACCCACCUGAUCUCUGAGCUCUCGAGCACCUGCCAGCGGCAGCCAUUGCCAUUGCCGUCCACCUGUGAGCUGGAGCUCUGUUAGUUGAGAGUUGAGAUAAGACCGUUACGAUCGCCAUGGCGGGGCGGGGCGGGUUCGUGGAGAAGGCGAAGCCCUACAUCGCCAUGAUCUCUCUGCAGUUCGGCUACGCCGGCAUGAACGUGCUCACCAAGGUGUCCCUCAACCAGGGCAUGAGCCACUACGUGCUCGUAGUCUACCGCCACGCCUUCGCCACGCUCUCCAUCGCCCCGUUCGCCCUCGUCCUCGAGAGGAAGGUGAGGCCCAAGAUGACGUGGUCCAUCUUCUGGCAGAUCUUCGUCCUUGCGAUGCUCGGACCGGUGAUCGACCAGAACUUCUACUACGCCGGGCUGAAGUUCACCGGCCCGACCUUCGCCUGCGCGAUGAGCAACAUCCUGCCGGCCAUGACCUUCGUCAUGGCAGUGAUCUUCAGGAUGGAGAAGCUGGACAUGAAGAAGGUGAGGUGCCAGGCCAAGGUCGCCGGGACGGUGGUGACGGUGGCCGGCGCGAUGCUGAUGACGCUCUACAAGGGCCCGCUCAUGGAGCUGGCGUGGACCAGGCACGCGUCUCCCGCCCACGGCGGCGGCGCGGAGGCCCCUGCUGCCGCGGCCGCCGCGGCCAUCAGCGGCAGGGACUGGUUCCUCGGCUCGCUGUUUGUCAUCAUCGCCACCCUCGCCUGGGCCGCGCUCUUCAUCCUGCAGACGCACACCAUCAAGCAGUACCCGGCGCACCUGUCGCUCACCACGCUCGUCUGCUUCAUCGGCACGCUGCAGGCCAUCGUGGUCACCUUCGUCAUGGAGCGCCGCAUCUCCGUCUGGAAAAUCGGCUUCGACAUGAACCUCCUCGCCGCCGCCUACGCCGGCAUCGUGACGUCGAGCAUCGCGUACUACGUGCAGGGCCUGGUGAUCCAGAAGACCGGGCCGGUGUUCGCGUCGGCGUUCAGCCCGCUCAUGAUGAUCAUCGUCGCCGUCAUGGGGUCCUUCAUCCUCUCCGAGAAGAUCUACCUCGGGGGCAUCCUCGGCGCCGUGCUCAUCGUGGCCGGGCUCUACUCCGUCCUCUGGGGCAAGCACAAGGAGACGCAGGGGAAGGAGGCCGACGCCAAGAUGGCCCUGCCGAUGGCAUCAUCCAAGCAAGACGGAGCCGGUGGUGGGAUCACCGGUGUCGGAUAUGACGCGGAGAGCAACACGGGGAAUGGUGUGAGGUCAUCCUCCGGUGGACGUGGAGCUGCUGCUAGCGCAGUUUGAUGGACUCAGAUUCCCAAUAAUUUGCCUCCGGCAGAUGGCGGUGCCAUCCAAGUGCUGAAGAUUCUGAACUCUGAAAUGUUCGUCUACGAAGCGCACACUAGGAAAGCGGCACUAGAGGUAGAUAGUAGCUGUUUGGAAAUUGGAAUGGAGAUUUUGGCAGGAAUUUUGGGACGAACUCUACGGUUCGCUACAAAAUCCCUGCAUUCCAAACACGCCGGUUUCGCAACAGGAGCACGCGCGAACCUAAAACAAGCACCAAAAGCGUGGCAUUUUUGCGUUUGAAUUUAUUAUCUUUGUUUGAGCGACUGGACUACUGAACUGUACUAGUGUUUCUACCUAUCUUAACUUGCUAGGCUGUAAUAACUUGUAUGGUAGUACAUGACUACAUGACUAUGAAGUAUGAAAAUAUUUAAUAAUUUGGUUCCAGGUGUUUCACUGGCCUGGUCCCA